AUGACGAGCUCUACUCCUAUCGAGGACAAAAUCCGCCAAAAGGUAGCAUUUAACCUUGAAUAUUUCCCAUGAUUUGGGGAAUGAAGGGUGAGUACUGAUUUUUCGGGAGCGUAGCUUACCGUCUCUCUCUCGCCGAUAACCUUACAAAUUCACAAUGAUUCCGAUAAGCAUGCUCACCAUAAGGCCAUGGAAGGUGUAACUUCCAAAGAGACCCACUUUCGGUACUCGUUCUCCUCUUCCGUGAAAUAUCACUCUAGUUAACUCACUGGUAGCCUUUUCAUCACCUCCGCCGAAUUCGCGGGAAAACCUCAGCUCGCACGCCACAGAAUGGUUAAUGCUUUGCUCAAGGAGGAGUUGGAGCGUGAGGGUGGAAUUCAUGCCUUACAGCUGAGGACUUUGAGCCCGGAGGAGGAAGAGAAGCCGAAUAAGAAGGUGGAAGAGGGUGUGGUUGGAUGAUUUAGGCUUAAAAAUAAAGAUUACCUAAGCUACAAUAUCAAGUUGCUCUCUUAUCUGUGGUUAGUGCCAUGACACUGGCAGAGUUCUUUGAUAGUUUCUGGGAAAAACGGAGAGGCUUGGUAACCUAAAUUUAUGAUAUUACACGGU